AUGGAGACUGCUUUCAUUUUUCUGGCAGCUCUCUUCAGUUUGAGUGUGGCUCCUGUCGGGGCUGUGGUCAGACAUUAUUAUGUUGCAGCUGUGGAAAUAGGAUGGGACUACACGCACCUGGAGAGCGCGCACUCUGCGCCCAACCACAAAAAAUUAUAUAAAGAUACUGUUCAAAAAUAUAUCAAGGCUGUUUACAGGGAGUACACAGACGGGACUUACACUGUCCCAAAGCCCAGACCCCCAUGGUCAGGUUUACUGGGUCCAGUGAUCGUGGCACAGGCUGGGGACACGGUGGUGGUCCAUUUCAAAAACCUGGCCUCUCAGCCCUUCAGUAUCAGCCCAGUGGGAGUCACAUACUGGAAACAAUCUGAAGGAGCCAGCUAUGAGGACUCCACAGCCGGUCUGGAGAAAGAGGAUGAUGUUGUUUCUCCGGGCGGAUACUAUGAGUACGUGUGGGAUAUCAGUAUUAGAGAUGGUCCUACCCAAAGUGACCCCGACUGUCUCACGUACUCUUACUCAUCCCGAGUCGACACAGUCCGGGAUAUGAACUCCGGACUCAUCGGUGCACUGCUCAUCUGCAAACCAAAUGCCUUCACAGAGGAUGGAGAGAGGAGAAAUCCAGCUUUUGUUUUGAUGUUUGCUGUUUUUGAUGAGUCCCGGAGCUGGUACGGAGAAGUUGGGGAGAGAAGAAGCAGAGAGGGAUUCAGGAAAAGCGACACCCGGAAGGAAUACCACACUAUAAAUGGAUACAUCAACUCCACCUUACCUGGUCUGACUUUGUGUCACGGUCGAGGCAAUGUGUUCUGGCAUCUAAUCGGUGUCGGGACAGCUCCAGACAUCCACUCCAUCCAGUUUCAUGACCACACUCUGCAGGUUCUGUCCCAUCGUAAAGUCACCGUGGACAUCGCCCCAAUGACGUACAUCACAGCAGAAAUGAAACCCACGUCUGUCGGUCACUUCCCCAUCACCUGUAACAUAGUGGCUCAUCGUCAUGCUGGCAUGAGCGCGUUAUUCACAGUGGAGAAGUGUCCUGAUGUUGUCUCACAUCAUCCACGUAACGCCAAAUAUGAUGAUCAAGAUGACUAUGAUUAUGAAUAUGACCAAGACCAUUUUAAUGUUAUCGUUAAACCCAUUGAACCCAAGAAACCAAAAGUGCAAGUUAGAUCCAGCAGGAGACAGUCACCCAAAACAUGGCGCUACUUUAUUGCAGCUCAAGAAAUCAUCUGGAACUAUGCCUCUGAUCUAAAGCCGAGCGACAGUGAGUUACAGUCUCCGUACUUGCCCGAGGCCCCUCACCACCUUGAUUACAAAUAUAAAAAGGUUGUUUAUGUGGAAUAUUCAGAUGAAUCCUUCACCAAGAGAGUUGGAUCCUCCACCACACUGCUGGGUCCAUUUUUAAAAGGAAAGAUCAAUGAUCAGUUUCAUAUCACUUUCAAGAACUUAGCCUCUCGUCCAUUCAACAUCUACCCAAAUGGUCUUACCAAAGUUUAUCCACUGGAGAAAAAUACAAAUGAAGCAGAGAAGGACUUGCGUACAAUGGGAGUUCCCCCUAACAGCACUUUUGGAUACAUCUGGAAGUUCACUGCUGAGGACGGACCCUUAGAUGGAGACCCCCAGUGUCUCAUGCAGCUGUAUCAGAGCACAGUGUCCCCAGAGAGAGACUUGGCCUCUGGGCUGGUGGGCACGUUGCUCAUCUGCAAAUAUGACGCCAUGGACCUAAGCGGACGGUUGCUGAGUCCAGACACAGAAUUAAGUUUGAUCUUUGCUGUUUUUGAUGAAAACAGAAGUUGGUAUUUUGAAGAAAAUAUGAUUAAAUCAAAGCAACUAGUAAACAAUACAGAUAGUGAGUUCUACAAAUCCAAUGUUAUUCAUAGUGUGAACGGGCUCAUGUUCAGUGGGAUACAGUUCACCACAUGUCAGACUGAUGUCAUAUUCUGGCAUAUUGCCAACGUGGGAACUCAAAGUAACUUCCUCUCAGUCUAUUUCACUGGGAAUCUCUUUGGAUACAAAGGUGUCUACCAGUCAGUCCUGACACUCUUCCCGAUGACUGCUACUACAGUUUUAAUGGAGACAGAAGCAAAUGGUGAAUGGGAGAUCAGUGCGUUUGACAGUAGCCGUAAAAGCAGAGGAAUGAGCAUACUUUAUACAGUGUCUUCAUGUGACAGUGGGAACUCCCCUUUUUUUGAUAUUGAUGAAGACAUUUUUGAUUUUCCAGAUAACCUAGACUUUGGACCCAGAGGUUUAAGGCCCCUUAAUGAGACUAUCACUGUUCGUGUGUGCAAGAAGCCAAUCAAUGCUACUCAGUUUGAAAUAAAAGACGCAAAUAAAGCUUUAAGGUGCCGACUCAAAAAUGUGACAGUUGCGCAAUUGACUGAUGUGAAAGCGAGAAAAAAACAAGAUGAAGGAAUUCCAUUAGAUGUUUUGAAGGAAAGUAGAGUUCACAUAGACUCGGAGAAUGAAAAUGUGAGGUUAAAAAGACAGACAUAUGGAAACUGGACAGAAGAUGACCUUAUGUCUGGAGAAUCACCUGGAUCCUGGGAGUUGGAUGUGCAAGAUUUAGAAAGUCAAAAUAUCUCUACAGCUCUAAAGCAAAAUAACCAAAUAUUUAGUGACAUGAAUGUGACCACGUAUGACCCUGAAGGCAUCAAUGAGAUUUUAUGGAACCCAAAAGAAUCUAUGAAGACAGGAAAUCUUUUAAAAGAACUUCUAAAUUAUCCUCCAUCAAACGUGGAGAACCAAACAGCAGACGUUGAUUUGCAGUUCAAAAAUAACACAGACAUUAAAAACGCAACACAUAUUUCUCUGUCUGUAGAUUAUGAUGAUUACAGCCAGCAGGAGAAUGAUACUGAUUCUUUUUACUCUGACUACUUGGACAUGCGAUCAAGUGACACGAGAGGCAGACACUAUUACAUUGCUGCAGAAGAAAUCACUUGGGACUAUGGCAUCACGAAACCUUUUCAGUUUAUCAAACACAGGGAUAUGCGGCGUGGUAUGCGAAAGUUCCUGCCUAAGUAUAAGAAAGCUGUUUAUCGAGCCUACAGAGAUGAAAACUUCCAGUAUCCCGUUCCAAGAGGAGAGCUGGAGGAACACCUGGGAAUCAUGGGACCAUUCAUUAGAGCUGAGGUCAAUGAGCUCCUCACAGUUGUCUUUAAGAACAAAGCAUCAAGGCCUUACUCUUUUCACAUUCAAGGAGUGUAUGACAAGAGCCAAGGAGCUGGCUCUGGUCAAACUUACUCUCGCGAUGCCCCUCCUGGAGUCCCUGGAGAUGCAGUGGCCCCGGGAGAGAAAAGAACUUACAUCUUGAGAGUAACGAAGAAACAAGGCCCCACUGACAAAGAACUGGGCUGCAAGACAGGAGCGUACUACUCUACAGUGGAUAAGGACAGAGACAUUCACUCAGGGUUAGUUGGGCCUCUUGUUAUCUGCAAACCUGGCGUUCUUCAGUCUGGGCUGAAGGGGGAGCAGAAUGUGCAGGAGUUUGCGCUGCUCUUUCACUUGUUUGAUGAAACUAAGAGCUGGUAUCUGGAGGAGAACCUCCAAAAAUACUGUGUCCCCCCAUGUCAAGCCAGCCGUGAAGAACCCUGGUUCCACACCAGCAAUUGCUUUGCAGCAAUCAAUGGGUAUGUGGCAGAGACACUGCCUGGUCUGUUAGUGGCUCAGCACCAGCUGGUCAGGUGGCACCUACUUAAUGUGGGCAGUGAUGGCGAGUACCAUGCCGUGUACUUCCACAGUCUGCCCUUCAUUGUUCAUACUGGUUCGGACCAUCGGAUGGGGGUCUAUCAGCUUUUUCCUGGUGUUUUUGGUACACUGGAGAUGAGGCCUCCAACAGUGGGCACGUGGUUAGUGGAAUGCACUGUUGCAGACUACCAACUGACUGGUAUGAGGGCGAAAGUACUGGUCUACAACCCAAAGUGCAUCAUCCCAUUGGGAAUGAAAUCAGGAAGAAUAGAUGAUUCACAGAUCACAGCGUCAAACCAUUUUGAUGGAUGGGAGCCUCGUUUGGCCCGACUGGAUCAGUCUGGAUAUAUCAAUGCUUGGAUGGGUCAAGGGAAGAUGCCAUGGAUCCAGGUUGAUUUGCUGAGGCCCAUGAUCCUACAUGGAGUGAAGACACAGGGAGUGAGAGCGAAGCUGAGGGACCACUACAUCACAUUCUUUAAUGUCUCCUACAGCAUGGACCUGGACACAUGGAGCUACUACAAGGGGAACAGCCCAAAACAAGCCCGUCUUUUCUCGGGCAACAUUGACAGUGUCAAAGUAAAGGAAAUCAACUUCUCUCCACCCUUUGUGGCUCGUUAUGUAAGGAUUCAUCCGGUGCGUUUUGAGAAAAAGCCAGCUUUAAGAAUGGAACUACUGGGGUGCGAUGUCAACAGCUGCUCUCUCCCUCUGGGGCUGCAGGCCAGGCUGAUCCAUGAUGACAACAUCACUGCAUCCUCAGUUUAUUCAAAGUUGUUCAGGAGCUGGAGCCCUUUCCUCGCCCGGCUCAACCAAGAAGGCAGUGUCAACGCCUGGAGGCCUAAGAACAACAACCCACAUGAGUGGCUACAAGUGGAUUUGGGAAAAGUUCGACGCAUCGCGGGUGUAGUGACUCAAGGAGCUCGCUCACUCCUCAAACAGAUGAUGGUCACAGAGUUUUCAGUCAGUGUCAGUCAGGACGGGUACUCCUGGAGCAGUGUGCUGGAGGAAGACUCACACAGAGAUAAGAUCUUCACUGGAAACACUGAUUCAGAAACGGAGGCUCUAACAGUUUUUGAUUACCCACUGAUCGGACGCUUUAUUCGAAUACACCCACUUGGUUGGAUCAAUGACAUUGCUCUGAGGCUGGAGGUUUUGGGUUGUGACACACAGCAACUUCCUUUAUAGCACAAAAUGUACAUUAUAAACCAUCU